UUGAGUCAUAAGACUGUAUUAACGAAAAUAGUGGCGAACGCGUAGAUUCAUUCCGAACUUAAUUAAGAUUUAAGAGGAAGCCAACAAUUGGACAACUUGUAUAUACAAUUGCCGAUUCCUUCGUGGUUUGUUUAACGUAAAUGAUCUACGUUUUCUUCGACAUGUAACCUUAAGUGGGUAAUAACGCCUGAACGAAGCCGAAUAAAGCGAUCGUGCAGCAGCUUUAAUUUGAAGCCCAAGAGUUUCUUAAGCUCAGAAACAUGAGAGAUGGACCGUACUUGCUGGACAAUGGUAAAACUUAGCCUUGUUUAUCGAACAAGGUCGAUUGAAUCUAAUUAGGUAACCCUGGGGCUCAGCAAGUUCAGUACUAAUCUGAAGUUGUAGGCAAAAGGUUUGAUACAUUUCAGUCUUAUAUUGUUGGAAACGGCAUAAUUCGCACUGUUCGAACAAGUUUGCUCAUCAAGAAAACUCAAUUAUAUCUUGCAUGCUCUCAGCUUUUUGUUGUAGAAAAUAUUCAGGUACAAGAAACUGUGAGAAUAGACAAGUUACACAAUAGUAGCUCCGCAGAAUAUACACAGUAGAAAGCAUUAUGAGUGCUGCUUUGUGGAAAUAUGUGGAGUACAUCAUAAAUAUGUACAUGUUACGUCAUAUAUUUUUUAUACCAAGAUUUUAUAAUAUUUAUGGUUGUAAUGUUAGAAGACAUAACAUCAGAGCAAAGUGGCUUUAACCCUGAUGUUAAUUUAAUUAUUAGGGCAACUAAAUAACUAAUGCAAAACAUCUGGCCCUAAACUUUCUCAGUAGUUAUGUUGUAACUAUAAACUGUUGGAUUUACAUUGCCGUACAUAUGCCUCAACUUGUUUUCUUUUCACAUUUGUGCUUGCACUGAUUCAUCUUAUUUGUUACCAAUUCAUUCUGUAUAUAGUUACUCAUGUGCAGCCAAUAGCUUAAUUUGCUUAACUUGUAUCGUUUUCUGCUUGUUUAGUUUUUUAAUAUAAACAUUGUUGCUGGCCGAGGUCUGAUAAGAUUACUUAACCAUAUGUAUGUUUUCACUUGUAUACACAAAGGGCUUGCAGUCAUCCUUGAUCAUAUCGGUAGUGCUCUAUCUAUGUACUGUUAAUAAAAAAUUUAGCAUAAAAAUAAUAUAAUAUAUUUGUUUGGGGAAUACACAGAGUUCAGCUCUCUAUAAAUCAUAUGAAUCAAUAGAGGGAACAUGCAGACACACACUAGCACACAUUCUACACUUGGGUCUUUGUCUCUUGUUCUUCUGAAUCUUAUGCUAGAGUGUGAAGGGGGGAACAUAGCACUCUUUUGUAUCACAAGAUUGGGUUGAAAUGAAUUCCAUUUAUGCUAGAACUUUGGAACAAUGUGAAGAAGCAACUGGAGAAUCAGAUAAUGUUAAAGCGAGGACUAAAAGCCUUCCACUUGCGUCAAUCGAGCUCUUGAAAAAAUGUGGCAGUAAGAGGAACCAUUUUGGUUUUGAGGAGAAUGUUGAGUUGAACUUGCAUGUUCCAGGUAAUACAGGUAACCGUGUGUUAUCAGUGGAAGAUGUUAUGAUGAUUGCGAAAGAAAAAUAUAUUCAGUACAUCUCCCACACUCCUGAUGAUCUUUCCAUGCUCUUCCAUCCACUUAAUAACCACUACUCAGGUCUAUCUGGUGAGGCUGCCGAAGAUAUAGAGCUUGUAGUGUUUCUUCUAGCUUCUGCUGAGACAUUCGUGAACAGACAAUUUCAUCAAAUGAUAAAUUUGCUUAGCAUGUGCUAUCAGUUGGCUACCCCCGAUGGUAAUCCAAUUAAAAGACUUGUCUUUUAUUUUGCUGAAGCUCUUAAGGAAAGGAUUCAACAAGAAACAGGAAAUGCGUUGUUGGGAGGAAUGGGACAUCAAAGAAGGAAGACAAUGCAGUUACAGGAUGCUCUGACAAUGCUGCAUCCUGCUGCAAUUGCAUGUCAUCAGCAACUUCCAGUUAGUCAAGUAAUCCAAUUCGCUUCUAUGCAAGCUAUAUUGGAUAAUGUUUCAACAUCAAGCAGGAUUCAUUUGGUUGAUAUAGGUAUCAAAAAUGGUUUGUACUGGGUAAUAUUUAUGCAAGCUCUUUCUGUUCGACAUGAAUGCCCCCUUGAGCUUCUUAAGAUAACUGCGGUUAUAUCUUCAUCCAGAGAGAGUACUGAAGUGAUAGGUAAGAGGUUAUCAUCUUUUGCCCAAAGCAUAAACUUGCCGUUUUCAUUCAAUAUAGUUGUCACAAGCAUGGAAGAUCUAAUGGAAGAGGUGUUUAGCUUUGAGACUGAGGAAACUGUAGCAUUCUUUUCACAUGUAUAUCUGUCAACCAUGUUGGCGUGGCCCAAUCGCUUGGCAGCAUUGAUGGGAGUGAUGAAGAAAAUCCGACCACGAGUAAUGGUGGUCGUAGAAAUAGAGGCACAUACAAAUUCGCCUGCUCUCAUGGAUCGCUUUAUUGAAGCACUCUUUCUAUAUGGUUCACUUUUUGAUUGUCUCGAGAAUUGCAUGGAUCGAUGCAGUCAAUUUAGGAAGACAAUAGAAGCCGUAUACCUCUGGGAGGGGAUUCAGAAUCUUGUUACAAGUGAGGGCGAGUUGUGGAUACAUCGCCAUGAGAAGAUCGACUAUUGGAGAGAUGUUUUUGGAAGGUUUGGAUUAGUGGAGAUGGAGCUAAGUAAAUCAUCUUUGAGCCAAGCAGACCUUGUUCUUAAGAAGAAUCCUUGUGGUAAAUUUUGCACAUUGGCUAUGAACGGAAAAUCCUUAAUUUGUGGGUGGAAGGGAGCACCAAUAAGUUCUGUCUCUGCAUGGGAGUUUCGUCAGGAAUAGGAUGUGAGAAGAUUAAGAAUAUGGAUAUCUGUCUCAAAUAAGCAAGCAAUAAUAAUGCAUGUAUGGAAACAAAUACAUGCUACAAAACUUAAAGUGUUCAUUUAGCACUUACUAAAAAUAAACUUAAGAAAAGGAUCAUUAGAGGAAGAAAAUAAGCUUAGAUGCUAAUGCUCCACUGGAAAAAUCAAAAGCCCUUUGCUUUUAGCAAGAUCUUUGUUAGAUGAUCUCGGGACCGAUUUAGCACAUUCAUCAUCAAUCUUGUCCGGGACCCAGAU